AUAUUUGAUAAGAAAGUAUGAAAAAGUUUACAAAUUUCACGUAACAGAUGUUUUGGGCUCUAUUGAGAAGAUAAAAUUGUAUAAAAAUAUGGUACAAUCCAAUAAUAGCUGAUGGUAAAUGCUAUAUACAGUAUUGACAAUCUCUGACCAGCCAAGAGAACAUGGAUCAGUAUCACCAUAGAGAUUCUAUCAGUGUUACAAAGCUCACUGAUUGGUUGGAAAUUAUAAACACUUGGAAAGAGCCUCGAGUACGUUUAGCCCGUAUUGAUGAUGUGGACAAUUUCUCUGCGCUUGCGAUCGAAACCAUUAAAAAACUGACAACCAGUCAAUCAAAAAGACAAAAUGGCAGAAAUCGAAGCUGGGACUUAGUUGAAUCCAAAAUCAAUUUGAUUCCAGAAGUAUUACAUCCAAAAAAAGAAGAGCAUAUGUUUAAUGAUGUAGAUAAAGCACUUUCAAAAGCUACUGCUGACAAUCCUUUACAUUCCAAGAAGGAACCUUUAUCAAAUAAUGUGGAUAUCGCAUCACCAAAACAGACUACUGAUACUCCAACAUAUACAUGUCCCAUUUGUGCAAAAUCAUUCAACAGAUCCAAGAAACUUCAAGCUCAUGUGAUUUCCCUACACAGUAAGAGAGACAUAGAGGCUGGACAUGAUUCUGACUCAGGUAGUGAUGAAGAUGGUAAUGAAUCUGAUGACAGUUUUUCACUAGAGGAUGAAGUUAGGAAAACAUGUAAGUGGAGCGAGAUGAAAAGAAUGGGCCUGAAGAAAAAUAUACCAAAUUCUACAAAGAAUAAAAAGAUAGAGUCAGUUAAUAAUAGACAAGUAGAUAACCUUGUACACCCAGACUACAAAAGAAUGUUCAUUUCAAGUCUUUCAAAGUCAGCUAUGCAUAGACAGUCAGCUAGUCGUAUACAAUCGGCUACCCAUAGGCAGCCACCUAGCUAUGAAGAGCUAGGUACAAUGUUAGCUAUGCAUAGACAGUCAGCUACACAGCAACCAACUUAUGUGGAGUUAGGUACAAAGUCAGCUACGCAUAGACAGUCUGCUAGUUAUAUACAGUCAGAUACACAUAGACAGCAACCUACCUAUGUGAAGUUAGGUACAAAGUCAUCUACACAUAGACAGCCAGCUAGUAAUGUACAGUCAGAUACACAUGGAUCGCUACCUAACUAUGUACAGUUAGGCACACAUGGACUACCCGCGAAUGAAGAGAAGUUAAGCAUCUUAGAACGACAUGGCCAGUUUGAACUUUUCAACCCAGAACCUGAACUUGUAUGUAUAAAGGUUGAGUCAGAGUCUGAUGAUUCCAAUAACAAUGUGGAAAAUCUUGAAAAUAGUGCGUCAAACUCAAAUGAAAGUACAUGUAUGGUCAACAGGGCGAAACCGCACUUUGAACAAGAUAGAGGGAAUUCUGAACCUUUUACUCCCUCCACAAAAGAGAGAACUAAGACAAAAACUGUUAUCAAUGACGAUAAAACCAAUGAACAAAAUAGGCCAAUACCAAGUGAUGAUACACAAGAGGAUGAAGCAAACAGAAUUCAUCAGACAAAUUCCCUACAAAAUGAUAAAGAAAUGGACAGUGAUGUUUCAGAUGAAAUUGAAGAUGUUGAUAAUGAUACCACAGAUCAAACUUAUGUUGAAACUGAUGAUACAGGAACUGACUCAGAUAAUGAGGAUAUGAACAGUAAUGAGUACACACAGACAAGUACCAAUAUUAAAUAUGCGACCAAAUAUAAUGGACAGGUCCCUGAGGAGAUAAAGGUUUAUAUUGAUGGGAAAACCACAAAGAAACCCACAAAUGAUAAGGGUUCUUUCACACUUGACUGCAAUACUUGUUACAGAACACUAGAGUCAUAUGAACAUUUCUUAAUCCACUUGCAUGGCAAUCUUAAGAGAGAUGUUGAUGCCAUAGAUGAGGAAAUCGCUAUCGCAAAAAAGUUUUCGACCGCUCAAUUUAAAUGUAAGUUUUGCAAAGAGAAGGAAUACCUAUCAGAAGCAUCAUUGAAGCACCAUGAGACAUACUGUGAUGCUAACACUGCGGUGUGCAGACAUUGUUAUAGGUUUACAAGUGAUAGCCAAGAUGAGAUGAAAUCUCAUCGCAAAAACAACCACAACUCCAACUAUGCGUGUAAGCUAGAGGUCAAACGCAAGUGUUAUGGCUGCAAUAAAACUUUUAAUCAAUCUGAAGAUUCACGUUAUCACAAUAAUUUUUGUAACCCUACACAUAUGUGUGGAUUCUGCAAAGAUAUAAUGCCAUCAAGUCUUCUUUUUAAACACUUAAGAAAAUGCAAGAAAAGGGGCAAUUUUAGUGUAGGUAAAGCCUCGCAACCUUGUCCAAUGUGCAACAAAUUAUUUCCUGCGAAAAUGAGGGACCAUCUUAAGAAAUGUAUGUUAAUUCCUUCAAGAAGAAGCCGAAAGAAAUUAGAUGAUACCAGAACAUGUGAAUACUGCGGAAAGGUUAUUGGCAAAACAAAUGGAGAACCAACAAAAAAUUUGGGUAGACGUUUUAAAGAUCAUUUGUUCACAGCCCAUGGUAUUGCAGAUUAUACUUGUGAUGUAUGUGGAAGGAAAUGCCCCUCGAAAGACCGUCUUGACAUUCAUAUGACGAUUCAUACUGGUGAAAUGCGUUUUCAAUGUGAUUUAUGUGGAAAGAAAUUUAGAACACACACAAGCCAUACUCAACAUAAGCUGUUCCACAACAACGAGAGGAAAUAUGCUUGUGAAAAGUGUGGAGCAACAUUUAACUCUCGUUCACCUUUAAUGAGACACAUGGUAAUCCAUUCAGGCAAGAGGGAUUUUAAAUGUGACCUAUGUGACAAGACAUUCACUCAAGGACCUGCACUAAAGCGCCACAAGCAGAAUGUACAUGAAAAAUUGAAGGCAUUUAAAUGUGAACAGUGUGGCUUAUCGUACAGUCAGAAAUAUCCGCUCACAGUGCACAUGAAGGAAAAGCAUGGAAUUGAACCGACUGGAAAAUUAAAAAAUAAGCGAGACAAUUACACAAGGAGAAAUACUUCAAAGAGCACCAAGAAACCUACACGUAAACGCAAACGUGUUAAGAGUGACACAGACAGUGAUACCACUACUACUACUUCUACUGAUGAAAAUGAUGACGAUGGUGAUGAUGUUGAUGACAGUGAAUGAUAUGCUUAGCCUAUUAGCUCCGUAACACUUGAGUUUUCAAACAGUAUAACAAAAUACAAGGAUUUAACAUGCAAAAUGCCACCACC